UUGCAUGUGUGCUAAUCAACACACAGAAGAAGAAGCUGGUAGCUGAGUUAAGAUGGCGGCAUGUGGGUGAGGAGGCUGUGGUUCUAAGCUCGGGAUUUUUCGUCAUAAAGGAUUUCUAUGAAUACUAGCAUACACAAUUAUUGAUAAAAUACAAUUUUCCAAACACUUCACACAUUUGUGUGUUAUUUUGGGUUGGACCGAUGACAUCCAUACACUUCGUGGUUCACCCGUUGCCCGGGACCGAGGACCAGCUAAAUGACAGGCUUCGUGAAGUUUCAGAGAAACUUAAUAAAUACAACUUUAACAGUCAUCCACACCUCAAUCUAUUGGAGCAGGCUACAUUAAAACAGUGUGUGGUUGGACCAAACCAUGCUGGAUUUCUACUUGAGGAUGGACGUGUGUGUCGGAUCGGCUUUGCUGUCCAGCCUGAUCGUCUGGAACUAAGCAAACCAGAUGGCAACGAUGGUUCAAAGUUGAGUGGCAGUGGUUCAGGGACAGGAAGGAGCUCCAGGCCAGGCAGGACUAGUGAUCCUCCCUGGUUUCUGUCUGGCUCUGACACUCUGGGCAGACUGGCAGGCAACACCCUUGGGAGUCGCUGGAGCUCUGGAGUUAACGGUGGGUCAGGAGGAGGGGGCGGUGGAGGCGCAGGCGGGGGAAGCAGCAGCGGAGGAGGAGCAGGAGGAGGAGGAGGAGGAGGAGGUGGCAGUGGUGGUGGAGGAGGGAGUGGUGGUGGUGGUGGUGGAGGUGGUUCUUCUGGGAGGUCAUCUACAGCUGCCCGGGACUCAAGACGUCAGACAAGGGUGAUCCGCACAGGGAGGGAUCGUGGCUCUGGUCUCCUAGGCAGCCAGCCCCAGCCUGUCAUCCCAGCCUCGGUCAUCCCAGAGGAACUCAUUUCCCAGGCCCAGGUGGUCCUCCAGGGUAAGUCCAGGAGUGUGAUCAUUCGGGAGCUCCAGAGGACCAACCUGGAUGUCAAUCUGGCAGUCAACAACCUACUGAGCAGAGACGAUGAGGACGGGGAUGACGGAGACGACACGGCUAGUGAGUCAUAUCUCCCCGGAGAGGACCUGAUGUCCCUGCUGGAUGCUGACAUCCACUCAGCCCACCCCAGUGUCAUCAUCGACGCUGAUGCCAUGUUUUCUGAGGACAUCAGCUACUUUGGCUACCCUUCCUUCAGGCGCUCUUCUCUGUCCCGCCUGGGCUCCUCGAGAGUUCUCCUUCUUCCCUUAGAGCGGGACUCUGAGCUGUUGCGUGAGCGAGAGUCUGUCUUGAGGUUGCGGGAGCGGAGGUGGCUGGAUGGGGCAUCAUUUGACACCGAGCGCGGCUCCACCAGCCGUGAGGGAGAGCCCAGCCUGGACAAAAAGAACAUCCCUGUCCAGAGCCCCGUCUCCCUGGGUGAAGAGUUGCAGUGGUGGCCAGACAAGGAUGGUGUAAAGUUUGUGAGCAUCGGGGCCUUGUUUUCUGAGCUGGUUGCAGUGAGUGCUAAGGGGGAGCUUUACCAGUGGAAGUGGAGCGAACCAGAACCAUAUAGAAACACACAGAACUCUUCGAUCCACCAUCCCCGGGUGUCCUUCCUGGGCCUGAUCAAUGAGAAGAUCACCCUGCUGUCUGCUAACAGUAUCCGAGCCACGGUGGCCACAGAGACCAACAAGGUGGCGACCUGGGUGGAUGACACCCUGAGCAGUGUGGCGUCCAAACUGGAGCACAGUGCCCAGAUCUACCCGGAGCUGCAGGGGGAGCGCAUCAUGUCUCUACAGUGCUGUGCCCUCUACACCUGUGCCCAGCUGGAGAGCAGCCUGUAUUGGUGGGGUGUUGUGCCUUUCAGUCAACGUAAAAAGAUGCUUGAAAAAGCCAGAGCCAAGAACAAGAAGCCAAAGUCCAGCGCAGGUAUCUCCUCUAUACCCAACAUCACAGUGGGAACUCAGGUGUGCCUGAGGAAUAACCCCCUCUACCAUGCUGGUGCCGUGGCCUUUUCUGUCAACGCUGGGAUCCCCAAGGUGGGGGUGCUCCUCGAGUCUGUCUGGAACAUGAACGAUAGCUGCAGGUUCCAGCUGCGAUCGCCAGAGAGCCUCAAGAAUAUGGACAAGGUGACCAAGACCCAGGAGAUCAAAGCGGAGAGCAAGCCAGAGUUGGUGAAGACUGAGAUGGGGCCCCCUCCCUCACCGGCCUCCACUUGCAGUGACACCUCCUCCAUUGCUAGCAGUGCCUCACUGCCCUACAAACGAAGGCGUUCCACCCCGGCUCCCAAAGAGGAGGAGAAGGUGAAUGAAGAGCAGUGGCCUCUUCGAGAAGUGGUGUUUGUGGAAGAUGUUAAGAAUGUCCCGGUGGGAAAGGUGCUGAAAGUGGAUGGCGCGUAUGUCGCUGUGAAGUUUCCUGGGACGUCGAGCAGCGUGAGCACACAGCCCAGUCAGACUAGUGCUCCAGCUCCCAUCACUGACUCUGACCCGUCCUCGCUGCUGCAGGACUGUAGGCUGCUCAGAAUAGAUGAGUUACAGGUGGUCAAAACCGGUGGAACUCCUAAAGUUCCUGAUUGCUUUCAGCGCACACCUAAAAAACUCUCUAUCCCAGAGAAGGCUGAAAUUCUGGCUGUUAAUGUUGACUCCAAAGGAGUCCAUGCAGUGCUCAAGACUGGUAACUGGGUCAGGUACUGUAUCUUUGACCUGGCCACAGGCAAAGCGGAGCAGGAGAAUAACUUCCCCACCAGUAACCUAGCCUUUCUGGGACAGAGUGAACGUAACGUGGCUAUCUUCACUGCAGGACAGGAGUCUCCUGUCAUCCUUCGGGAUGGAAACGGCACAAUUUACCCAAUGGCCAAAGACUGUAUGGGUGGAAUCCGAGACCCUGAUUGGUUGGAUCUGCCGCCCAUUGCGAGCCUUGGCAUGGGGGUGCACUCCCUUGCCAACCUCCCUACCAACUCUACCAUCAAGAAGAAAGCUGCUAUUAUCAUCAUGGCUGUGGAGAAGCAGACCCUGAUGCAACACGUUCUGCGUUGUGACUUUGAAGCCUGCCGUCAGUACCUUGUGAAUCUGGAGCAGGCUGUUCUGCUGGAGCAGAGUCCGCACACCCUCAACUCCCUCCUGGGCCACCGCUGUGACGGCAACCGCAACAUCCUCCAUGCCUGUGUGUCCGUCUGUUUCCCCGUCAGCAACAAGGAGACCAAAGAAGAGGAAGAAGCUGAGCGGUCUGAGAGAAAUACAUUUGCUGAGAGAUUGUCAGCAGUGGAGGCCAUCGCCAACGCUAUCUCUGUGGUGUCUAGCAACAGCUCAGGGAACAGAACCGGCUCCUCUAGCAGCAGAGGGCUGCGUCUGAGGGAGAUGAUGAGGCGCUCUUUGAGAGCGGCGGGGCUUGGCCGUCAUGAGUCUGGACCCUCCUCAAGUGACCACCAGGACCCUGUGUCUCCGCCCAUCGCCCCUCCCAGCUGGGUGCCCGACCCUCCUCCCAUGGACCCAGACGGUGACAUAGACUUCAUCCUGGCCCCAGCAGUGGGAUCCCUCACCACAGCCUCUACAGGGACCAGCCAGGGUCCCAGCACCUCCACCAUACCAGGCCCCUCUGAGCCCUCGGCGGUGGAGUCGAAAGACCGCAAGGCCAACGCCCACCUUAUCCUGAAGUUGAUGUGUGACAGCGUGGUUCUCAGGCCACACCUCCGCGAGCUGCUCUCUGCCAAGGAUGCCCGUGGAAUGACCCCCUUCAUGCUGGCCGUCAGUGGGAGAGCCUACCCAGCUGCCAUCACUGUUCUAGAGGCUGCGCAGAAAAUGGCCAAGGUGGGAGACCCCGGCAUCGUGGAGAAAGAGGAUGCCGACUCUGUGUUCAUGGAGAUGAUCUGUCCCUCUGGGACCAACCCUGACGACUCUCCGCUCUAUGUCCUGUGCUGCAAUGACACCUGUAGCUUCACCUGGACAGGAGCUGAGCACAUCAACCAGGAUAUCUUUGAAUGCAGGACCUGCGGCCUGUUGGAGUCUCUCUGCUGUUGCACUGAAUGUGCCAGGGUCUGUCAUAAGGGACACGACUGCAAACUAAAGAGGACAUCUCCCACUGCGUACUGUGACUGCUGGGAGAAGUGCAAGUGUAAGACGCUGAUUGCUGGACAGAAAGCUGCUCGCCUGGACCUGCUGUACAGACUUCUCACCACCACUAACCUGGUCACCACGCCUAACAGCAGGGGGGAGCACAUAUUGCUGUUUCUGGUGCAGACUGUUGCUAGGCAGAGUGUAGAGCACUGCCAGUAUCGGCCUCCUCGCAUCAGAGAGGACAGAAACCGCAAGGCUGCCAAUGCAGAAGACUCUGACAUGCCCGACCAUGACCUGGAGCCUCCUCGCUUCGCCCAGCUGGCCCUGGAGAGGGUGCUGCAGGACUGGAAUGCCCUCAAGUCCAUGAUUAUGUUUGGAUCCCAGGAGAAUAAAGACCCGCUGAGUGCUAGCAGUCGUAUCGCUCAUCUUCUUCCCGAGGAGCAGGUGUACCUGAACCAGCAGAGUGGUACCAUCCGCCUGGACUGCUUCACUCACUGCCUCAUUGUCAAGUGUGCCCCUGACAUUACAGUAAGUCGGUUUAUUGACACCCUGCUGGGGACCCUGGUAAAGGAGCUGCAGAACAAGUACACUCCUGGGAGGAGAGAGGAGGCCAUCGUUGUCACAAGGAGGUUCCUGCGUUCUGUGGCCAGGGUCUUUGUCAUCCUUAGUGUCGAGAUGGCAUCAUCCAAAAAGAAAAAUAACUUCAUCCCCCAGCCCAUUGGGAAGUGCCGGCGUGUGUUCCAGGCCCUGCUGCCGUAUGCGGUGGAGGAGCUCUGCAACGUGGCUGAGUCCCUCAUCGUGCCGGUGAGGAUGGGCAUCGCCAGGCCCACCGCCCCCUUCACCCUGGCCAGUACCAGCAUCGACGCUGUACAGGGCAGUGAAGAACUCUUCUCCGUGGAGCCGUUGCCACCAAGACCUUCCCCGGACCAGUCCAGCAAUUCGAGUCAGACCGCAUCGUCAUACAUCAUCAGGAACCCCCAACCUCGUCGCAGCAGCCAGUCCCAGCCGGUCAGAGGGAGAGACGAGGAGCAGGAUGACAUUGUGUCAGCUGAUGUUGAAGAGGUGGAGGUUGUGGAGGGUGUUGCUGGGGAGGAGGAUCACCACGACGACCAGGAGGAACAGGGAGAGGAGAAUGCUGAGGCCGAAGGACAGCACGAUGAACAUGAUGAGGACGGGAGUGACAUGGAGUUGGACCUGCUGGCUGCCGCAGAGACCGAGAGUGACAGUGAGAGUAACCAUAGCAACCAGGACAAUGCCAGCGGGCGAAGGAGUGUUGUCACCGCUGCAACUGCUGGCUCCGAAGCAGGAAGUAGAAUGUCCAUGGCUUUUCCUAAUUUUGGUGCCAGCAGUGUCCCUGCCUUCUUCUCCGAGGACGACUCCCAGUCCAACGACUCGAGCGACUCAGACAGCAGCAGCAGCCAGAGUGAUGACGUGGACCCAGAGACCUUCCUGUUAGACGAGCCCUUGGAGAGGACCACGAGCGCCUCGCACGCCAACAGCGCUGCCCAGGCCCCACGCUCCAUGCAGUGGGCUGUGCGCAACACCCCCACCCAGAGGGCCACCGGCAGCGCCCCCUCCAGCUCCUCCACCCCUGCCGCCGGCUCCACGGGUCUGAUCUACAUUGACCCGUCCAACCUGCGGCGCAGCAGCGCCAUAAGCACCACCGCCGCGGCGGCGGCGGCAGCCCUGGAGGCGUCCAACUCCUCCAGCUACCUGACGUCGGCCUCCAGCCUGGCCCGAGCCUACAGCAUCGUCAUCAGACAGAUCUCUGACCUGAUGAGCCUCAUCCCCAAGUACAACCACCUGGUCUACUCCCAGUACCCAGCCGCCGUCAAACUCACCUACCAGGACGCGGUCAACCUGCAGAACUUUGUCGAGGAGAAGCUGAUCCCCACGUGGAACUGGAUGGUGUCCAUCAUGGACUCCACUGAAGCUCAGCUUCGUUACGGCUCGGCCCUGUCCUCUGCCGGUGACCCUGGACACCCUUCACACCCUCUCCACGCUUCGCAGCACUCAGCCCGCAGGGAGCGCAUGACCGCCCGUGAGGAGGCCAGCCUCCGCACCUUGGAGGGACGCAGGCGUGCAGCCACUUUGCUGACAGCUCGUCAGGGGAUGAUGUCAGCGCGGGGAGACUUCCUGAACUACGCCCUGUCUCUGAUGCGUUCCCAUAAUGACGAACACUCCGAUGUUCUGCCAGUGCUGGAUGUGUGUUCCCUCAAACACGUGGCUUACGUCUUCCAGGCUCUCAUCUACUGGAUCAAAGCCAUGAACCAGCAAACCACUCUAGAUACAACACAAAUUGACCGCAAGAGGAACCGUGAGAUUCUAGAACUGGGAUUGGACAACGAAGAUUCCGAACAUGAGAAUGAUGAGGACACCAAUCAAAGCUCAACUCUCCAGGAUAAGGAUGAUGACCCAGUCCCUGCUGAGACUGGACAGAACCACCCGUUCUUCCGGCGCUCCGACUCCAUGACCUUUCUGGGCUGUAUCCCUCCCAAUCCAUUCGAGGUUCCCCUGGCUGAGGCUAUUCCCCUGGCUGACCAGCCUCACCUGUUGCAGCCCAAUGCGAGGAAGGAGGAUCUGUUUGGACGUCCUAGUCAGGGUCUGUACUCAUCCUCGUAUGUGGCAAGUAAAGGCCUGGCCGAGACUUCCCUGGACCGCAACUGCCUGGAGGUAAACAUGGGCUCCUCUCAGAUCCUUCCCACUAAGAUGUCCUACUCUGCCAACCUGAAGAAUGUGAUGAGUAUGGAGACUAGUCAGCGAGGCGGAGAGGACCAGCCCAUGGACCAGGAGUUGGAGGCUCCAAAAGCAGGUCCUUCGCCCCACGACCUGGCCGCCCAGCUGAAGAGCAGUCUCCUGGCUGAGAUAGGCCUCACGGAGAGUGAUGGACCACCACUCCCUUCCUUUAGACCCCAUUGCAGUUUCAUGGGUAUGGUGAUAUCCCAUGACAUGCUGCUGGGACGCUGGCGUCUGUCUCUGGAGCUGUUUGGACGUGUCUUCAUGGAGGAUGUUGGAGCAGAGCCUGGAUCGAUCCUGACUGAGCUGGGGGGCUUUGAGGUGAAGGAAUCAAAGUUCCGUCGGGAGAUGGAGAAACUGCGGAACCUCCAGUCACGUGACCUGGCCCUGGAGGUGGACCGCGACCGCGACCAGCUAAUCCAGCAGACCAUGCGGCAGCUCAACACCCACUUCGGCCGGCGCUGCACCACCACCCCGAUGGCCGUGCACCGCGUGAAGGUCACAUUCAAGGAUGAACCCGGCGAGGGCAGUGGUGUGGCCCGUAGCUUCUAUACGGCCAUCGCCCUGGCCUUCUUGUCCAACGACAAGCUGCCCAAUCUGGACUGUGUGCAGAGCGUCAGCAAGGGCAUGCAGGCCAGCAGUACGUGUCAUCACGAUUACAACUCAAAUCUGAUGCAACGGCUGAGGAACAGAGACCGCGAGAGGGAGAGGAGGAGUGGUGGACUCAGAGCCAGCUCCAGGAGAGACCGAGACAGCUCCCGUUUGGCUAGUGUCUCAUCUAUCAACCUUGAUCGUGGUUCCCUCAGCACUGACAGCUGUGUUGGCAUCACAACUGGGUCCGAGUUCCGAACAUUCAAAUGGAUCAUGGACUCUAGAAGACAGCUGUCCAUUGACACCCGGCCCUUCAGGCCUGCCUCUGAGGGGAACCCCAGUGACGAACCGGAUCCCCUGCCAGCCCACAGACAGGCCCUGGGAGAAAGGCUGUAUCCCCGCGUUCACGCUAUGCAGCCGGCGUUUGCCAGUAAGAUCACAGGCAUGCUGCUGGAGCUGUCCCCCGCCCAACUGCUGCUUCUCCUGGCCAGUGAGGACUCUCUCAGGGCCAGGGUGGAGGAGGCCAUGGAGCUGCUCAUCGCACAUGGAAGGGAAAAUGGUGCCGACAGCAUAUUGGACCUAGGACUUCUGGAAGCUCCUGAGAAAGCCCAGCAACAGGAUAACCGCAAGCGUCAUGGCUCCACCCGCAGUGUGGUAGAUAUGGAGCUGGACGACCCAGAUGACGGAGAUGACAAUGCUCCCCUGUUUUACCAGCCUGGCAAGAGGGGUUUUUACUCCCCCCGGCCUGGCAAGAACACAGAGGCCCGGCUGAACUGCUUUAGGAACAUCGGCAGAAUACUAGGGCUGUGUCUGCUGCAGAAUGAGCUCUGUCCAAUCACUUUGAACCGACAUGUCAUCAAGGUGCUGCUUGGCAGAAAGGUCAACUGGCAUGACUUUGCCUUCUUUGACCCGGUAAUGUAUGAGAGCCUGCGGCAGUUAAUCCGUCACUCGCAGGCCGGAGAGGCAGAGGCUGUGUUUGCUGCCAUGGACUUGGCCUUCGCCAUAGACUUGUGCAAAGAGGAAGGGGCUGGACAGGUGGAGCUUCUGUCAGGUGGAGUCAACGUGCCUGUGACUCCUCUCAACGUUUACGAAUACGUGAGGAAGUACGCAGAACACAGGAUGCUUGGGGUUGCUGAGCAACCUCUUCAUGCGAUGAGGAAGGGUCUUUUGGAUGUCCUUCCUAAGAAUGCGCUGGAGGACUUGACAGCUGAAGACUUCCGGCUGCUGGUCAAUGGUUGUGGAGAGGUCAAUGUGCAGAUGCUCAUCAGCUUCACCUCCUUCAAUGAUGAAUCUGGAGAAAAUGCUGACAAGUUGUUGCAGUUUAAACGCUGGUUUUGGUCCAUCGUGGAGAAGAUGAGCAUGACUGAGAGGCAAGAUCUGGUCUAUUUCUGGACGUCCAGCCCAUCUCUGCCAGCAAGUGAAGAAGGCUUCCAGCCCAUGCCCUCCAUCACGAUCAGGCCACCAGACGACCAGCACCUUCCUACAGCUAACACCUGCAUCUCACGCCUAUAUGUGCCACUGUAUUCCUCCAAACAGAUUCUAAAACAGAAACUCUUACUAGCCAUUAAGACCAAGAACUUUGGUUUUGUGUAGAGGUUGACAAACAUGUUUACCUGUUGUGUAAUAUUUACCUAGUUCCAUUUUUGUAGAUUUAUUUUUUGUCUAUACAAUUUUAUGGAAUUCGAAGAAAAAUUGCUGUUGCUCCCCUGGCGGUAAUAUUGUUUGUGUUGUGAACACAGACAGCUUGUUAUUUUAUUGUAGUUUCUUUUUUUUUUUUUUUUUUUUUUUUUUUUUUUAGUUCUGAAGGUAAUAUACAUUCCUGCAUUGGCUUUGUAAAGGUGAAGCCCACAACUCUGCUCUAUUGGCUUAAACUUUUACUUCCCAGGAAUUUGGCUCCACAGCAAAUUGUCUGCCGAAACCCAGCCAAAGAUGACAGCAGUAGAAGUAUUUAAAAAGUAAAAAGAAAACACACACUGUGAUUAUGAUUUUGUUCCUUGCCCUAAACAGAAUACUUAGUAUCACUGACAGUUCACUGCUGCCUUUGUGGAAAGUAAUUUUUUCUUGUAUAGGGGGAGUAGGGAAUUUCAAAAUAAACUUGGAUGCAAACAAUCUA